AUGGGAUACAUCUAUGAGGUCAUGAAUAGAGCUAAGGAUACAAUUGUGAGAAGUUUUAAUGGAAAUGAAGAGAAGUACAAAGAAAUCUUCAACAUCAUUGAUAAGAGGUGGGAGAUUCAGCUUCAUCGGCCUUUGCAUGCAGCAGGGUACUUUUUGAACCCAGAAAUCUUCUAUGAUAAGCCAGAAAUAGAGCAUGAUGUCGAGAUUAUGAGUGAUUUGUAUAAAUGCAUCUUAAGACUAACAAGAGACCCUACUAAGCAAGAAAAAGUUGUGGCCGAAGUGAGUUUGUUCACAAAUGCCCAAGGACUAUUCGGGAAUGAGUUAGCUGUUAGGACAAGAAAGACUAGAGCACCAGUUGAAUGGUGGGCUGCAUAUGGAGCUUCAGCUCCAAAUUUUCAAAAGUUUGCAAUGAAAAUUCAUAGCAAGAGGAGAAAUAGGUUAGAUCAUCAACGCUUGAAUGAUUUGGUGUACAUUAAGUAUAAUCAAGCCUUGAAGAGAAGAUACAAUGAAUGUAACACCAUUGGCCCAAUUUCCUUGAAAGAUAUAGAUGAUAGCAAUGAAUGGUUGAUAGGGAGAAUGGAAGAUAAGGAUUCUCAUGGAGGUGCACAAGAUGAUUUUGUAUUUGAUGAUGAUAAUUUGACAUGGGGUGAUGUUGCUAGAGCUACUAGAGCUGAGGAGGUCGGGUUUGAUACUAGAGCUAGAGCUAGAGCAAGCUCAAGCAUAAUACCACAAACAAGGGGGAUAGAUUCAAGUUCUAGAACUUUGCCUUCUCAUUCAUUAAUAUAUGAAGAUGAAGAUGGAGACAUGGUUGAUUCAGCAGAUGAAGAAGAUGGGGAAGACUACUAA